AUGUCGAAUAAAGUAGAUUUACAACGUAAAUUAAAAGAAAUUGGUUAUGAAAUUGGAUCUUUUGCAUCAAAAGAUACAUUAUCAAAUAUAAUACGUCUUCAUUCAUUGGCUGUGCAAAAUAAAGGUGUCGAUGUUGUAAAAUUAAGUGAUCUUGAUCUUCGUAAGAGUCUAACUGAACAUGGCCUUGCUGUUGGACCUGUAACAAAUCAUACUCGAUCAAUUUAUCAACGUAAAUUACUUGAAGUAUUAACAAAUGAAACAAGUGAAGGAAAAGAAGAUGAAAUCGAAACAGAAAUACCAGUAUCAACAACACCACCACGUACUAUACGCAGUUCAAUAACGCGAACUGCAGAUAAUGAUAUAACAUCAUCACCUGGACGACGUUUAUAUACACAAGAUUUACAAGAACCACGUAUAGCAUUAACUCGUGUUGAUAUUGAGAAUAAAAAUAAACAUAAUUUAUCAACUUAUUAUCCAAAUGUCUCAAAUACAAAACCAAAAUCUGAACAAACAAUAACACAUUCCUAUUCGCCACAACGUUCAUCAACAAAAACGGAAUCACAUUAUAGUACAAUGUCAUAUGGUUUAAGAAAUCCAUAUGAUUUUCAAAAUGAUGAACCACCUAUAAUUCGACAUGAACAUAAAGCAACACCAUUUCGUACAACAAAUAUUUCAUCAGAUGAAGCAUUUUUAACAAAUACAAAUCGUUAUACAAAACAAUCAGAUAUACAAACAAUACGAAAUGAUUUAAAUGAAAUUCGUUCACGAAUUUUAACAAAUACAAAUGAAGAAAAAGAAAUUCAAAUUAAAAAAGAUUUAAUACCAAAAAAAAGUACUUUUAUUAAUCAAUCGGAAAAUAAAAAAUUAUCAAAUAAUAAUGAAAAACUUAAUGUUCCUGUUAAAAGUAGUGGAACAUUUCUUUAUAGUGGUAUUACAAUUGCUGUUGCAUUAAUCAUUGUUAUUACUUAUCAACAUCGAAUUACAUCAAUUAAUCUAUCAAAUCCAUUGAUUAUCAAUCGUAUCUUUUCACCGAUUUCUAUUCGGUUAAAAUUUACUCGACUUGAAAAUCUUAGCCUUCAUAAUGUUGAAUCAAAAUAUCUUGAAGAACUUCUUAUUCAUUUAAUCUCCUUACCUUGCCUUUCUUCAUUGGUUAUCAAUUGUAUUGAUAAUGUGCAAAAUAAAAAUACUAUUUAUCAUCAAAUAUUUCGUUUACCUGUACUGAAAUAUUGCAAAUUAUCACUAGAACGAAAUACUGAAUUUAAUCCACUAUCUAUUGCAACUUCUGAAUUUAGUUCUAUAGAAUAUUUUAUUAUUAGUAAUAAACUUUAUAUAGAUGAACUUAAUGCUAUUUUAACAUAUAUUCCUCAAAUUCGUCGUCUAUCAAUUCGUAAUUUACAUCAAUUUUCUAAAAAUGAGACAAUAAAAUUGUAUCCAGUUGUAUUGAAUUAUUUGAUACAUGUUUCGAUGACUAUGACAAAAGUUACUUUUGAUGAAUUUGAAUCAAUUAUCAAAACUCUAUUUCAUCAAAUUCAAGUGUUAUUUAUUGCGACAAAGGAUGAUCAAGCAUACCUUGAUGCAUAUCAAUGGGAAGAAUUAAUUGUAGCUCAUUUACCAAAUUUACAAAUCUUUGAUAUCCAAUAUGAACAUUGUUUUCACAAAGACCAUCAUCUACUUUAUGACAUUCUACUUAAUAAAUUCAAUUCUUUAUUUUGGUUCGAACGGAAAUGGUUUUUUGAAUAUUACAUUUAUUAUACUCGGAACAAUAAUCAUGUUAUUUUCUAUUCAAUUAAUCCAUAUAGGUAUGAAUAA